UCCGUUGCCCACGCCAAGAAGAAGAUCGUCCACUACACCACCAUGGACAACAAGAAGCGGGCCAACGCCGCCUUCCUGAUCUCGGCGUACGCGGUGAUCUACCUGAACCGGACGCCGGAGGAAGCGUACCGGCCGCUGGUGGGCGGCACCAACCCGCCGCUGCUCGGCUUCAGAGACGCGGCGUUCGGGCCGUCCACGUUCAGUCUGACGCUGCUGGACUGCCUGAACGGCGUGCACAAGGCCAUCAAGUUCAGGUUCUUCGACUUCGAUGACUUCGAUGUGGACGAGUAUGAACACUACGAGAAAGUACAAAACGGCGACUUCAACUGGCUGGUGCCGGACAAGUUCCUGGCGUUCUGCGGGCCGCACUCUCGCGCGCGCGUCGAGAACGGGUACACGCUGCACGCGCCGGAGACGUACUUCCCGUACUUCCAGCGCCACAACGUCACCACCAUCGUGCGGCUGAACAAGAAGAUCUACGACGCGGCGCGCUUCACCAAGGCCGGCUUCGACCACCGCGACCUCUUCUUCACCGACGGCUCCACGCCGAGCGACCAGAUCACCAAGCAGUUCAUCGAGAUCAGCGAGGAGGCGGCCGGGGCCGUCGCCGUUCACUGCAAGGCGGGCCUGGGCCGCACCGGCUCCCUCAUCGGCUGCUACAUGAUGAAGCAUUACCGGCUGACGGCGCCCGAGACGAUCGCCUGGCUGCGCAUCUGCCGGCCGGGCUCCAUCAUCGGCCACCAGCAGCACUGGCUGGUGGAGAAGCAGCCGCAGAUGUGGCUGCAGGGCGACGCGUUCUACGCCCAGAACCGCCAGCUGACGCGUUACGUUCGCUGCGCCCACGGCGUGUACGGCGGCCGGCGCAAGGGCUCCAGCAACGGCAACAAUACCGCGGGCCGGCCCCAGGACAUCAGUCGGAUCCUCUCCAGCCGAGUCGACCUGAUGCGACUGAACGACGCCGAGGAGCGCGCCGACGGCGCCGGCCGCCACCAGACCAGGGAGAUUCUGCGCAAGGAGGACGAGGUCAACAGCAACAUCCCGCCGGAGACGAACGGCGAGGCAACGCAGGGCGACCACCUGACUCGCAUCAAGGCGCUGAGGCAGCACCCGCGCAACGCCACCACCGGCACCAUCUCAUCGGAGGAGCACGCGGGCCACACGCGCGCCAAGUCCUCGCAGCUGCUGCGCGCCGUGUCGGGCGCCGCCGGCGGCACGCUCUCGCCACUCAAGGCGGCCAAGGUGUCCGGCAAGCGGACGGAGGCGGCGGCCAACGCGCGCGCCGGCCGCGCCGCCAGCGCCAGCAGGAGCUCCCGGAGCCCGGCCGGCCACACGCCCAAGACGACCCUCAUCAGAUGACUAGCGGCUCUGCCGGCCGGGCUGGCGGGCCGCUCGGCCGACGACGGUG